GGCCGCGCCGUGCAGCAGCAGGAGCAUAACCGCACAUGGGCUCAGACACUGCGCAAGGAUCCAAAACUGCUCUUCUGGAUCGGAGUAAUGCUCUGGACACUCAUCGUGCGCGGGUUCGAGAACGGUGCCUCCGGAGCCGUCAUCUCGGUGCCAGCCUUCCGCCGCCGCUUCGGUGUCGAUAUGGGCAGCGGUGUCUACUUCAUCUCCACGAGCUGGCAGUCUGCCAUCAAUGGUGCCCCCAAUGCGGCGGGUAUUGUUGGUGCUUCGAUUGCUGGCUGGCUCUCGGAUCGGUUUGGCUAUAGGCCUGUCAUCUUGUCCGCGGCGGUCAUCAACAUCGCCUCGAUUGGCAUCGAAUUCGGGUCGACCUCUCUGGGCAUGUUCCUUGCGGGCAAAAUGGUCAAUCUCCUCGCCAUUGGCGCGCUGCUUAACCUCUGCACCGCAUAUGUCGCCGACGUCUCUCCCUUGGCCAUCCGUGCCUCGGUCAUUGGGUUCUGCAACCUCUCGCAAUGCAUCGGCCCUUUCAUUGCGGCCAUCAUGAUCAACUUCACGUCCAAGUGGGACUCAGACAUGGCCUGGCAGUCGGUCAUUGCUGCCCAGUGGGGAUUUGCUGGUGUCGCGCUCAUCGGCCAGUUCUUCAUGCCCGAAGCUCCCAGCCACCUUGUCCGUAAGGGUCGCAUGGAGGCUGCCCAGGCAUCGCUCGAGCGGCUCUACUCGGACCAGGCGGACGCGAAGGCACAUCUGUAUCGCAUUCAGCUCACGCUUGAGGAGGCCGAGCUCUCCAACAGCGGCUCGUACCUCGACUGUUUCCGGGGCACCAACCUUCGUCGCACCCUCGUCGGCAUCAUGGUCUUUCUUUCCGAGCCCAUGUCUGGCCUGGGCUUUGUCGGCAGCUACGGCGCUCUCGUGUACCAGAUGUUGGACAUCUCUGACGAGAAGUCCUUCCAGAUCGCCAUUGGCGCUCAAGUGCUGUCCAUGUCUGGUGCCACCAUUGCGUUCCUGCUAUCUGACUGGUGGGGCCGGCGCCCGAUGUACAUCUUUGGCUGCUGCUCGCUCUGCGUACUCAUGAUGUGUAUGGGCAUUGCCGGCUCCUUGACCUCGACGGCCGCCGUCACUGCCGCGGUAGCCUUCUACACCAUGUUCAACUUCUUCUACAACGUCGGUGUGGGUUCGACUGUCUACGCCCUGGCUGGUGAGCUGCCGACGACGGUGCUGCGCUCCAAGUCACUGGCGAUAUCUAUCUCGACCUCGAAUGCCUUCAACACCAUGUGGUCAUUCGUGGCACCGCUCAUGUUCAACGAGGAUGCCGGCAACCUCAAGGCCAAGAUUGGGUUUGUCUUUGGUGGCAUCAUGUUUAUUUUUGCUGUUCUCGCCUGGUUUUAUGUACCCGAGACCCGGAGGCGCACAUACGAGGAGCUUGAUGAGCUCUUUAUGAACAAGGUGCCCGCCCGCCAGUUCCGCACGUACAAGACUAUUGCCGAACAGCGUGCGGCAGAGGCGUUCGCCAUCAGAGAGAAGGUUAAGGCGACGAUGCAGGCGUGAUCGGGAAGGACUGGAUCUCAGUAGUGUCGCAAUAGGGCUUGAAUUGAUGUCAUCCUUCUUCCGUCUCCUUAUUCCCAAAGCACUGUGGUGCGCUACACCUUUGUGGUCGAGGGCGUUGCCGUCUUGAAUCUCUUUGCACCUGGGCGCAACCCAAGUCAGCGACGAUUUCGCGACAAAGGUUCCAGCUGGCCCUCGGUAACGAUAGCUGCCAUCCUUCACCACACGACAUCUUGUCCACCCAAGGUCUUGUGUUUGCUGCUUGUAGAGCGAGGUGAAUCUACAUCCGAGCGCGAUGCCG